AAAGAGAGGAAAGAAAUAAAAUAAAGAGUAGCCGAUAGUUUUCAUAGUAACUUGUCUAUAAAUAGAGACACUCAAAGUCUCAAACCCACAGAUUUAAGCACAUUUGACACUCUCCCACUCUCUUCCUCUCUAAAAUCGUCUGUGUUCAUUUACUUGUUUCUCUUCGUCUCUCUCUCUUUCUCACUAGAAUAAUGGGAAUCGUGGAUGACAGUAGCAAGACACUAUGGGGAAGCAUGAACCUAGGUUCUUCACGUUACGCUCUUAACGGCAAAAUCAUGCUCGCUUUCGUUAUCAUCCUCUUCCUCGCCGUCAUCUUCAUCCUCUGUUUCCACAGCUACGCCAGAUGGUUAUUCCGACGUCAAAACCGUCGUAUUCGCCGCCGUAUCACUGCUCAUCUCCGAUCUCUAUCCGCCUCUCAAUCCUCCUCCCUCUCUCCUCUCGAUCCGACUGUGCUCGAGAAGAUCCCGAUCUUCGUCUACUCCGUUGAAACCCACAAAUCUCCGCCAGAAGAGUGCUCCGUUUGCUUGUCUGAGUUCGAAGAAGAAGACGAAGGACGUGUCCUCCCCAAAUGCGGCCACGUCUUCCACGUUGACUGUAUAGACACGUGGUUCCGGUCGAGAUCUAGCUGUCCGCUUUGUAGAGCUCCGGUUCAAUCCGAGCAGUCGGUUACUGAAUCCGGUUUGAUGAAUUCAGAACCGGUUGCUCCCGUAUUGCCAUCGGUUAAACCAAUUGAGGAUACCGAAGCCGGAAGCUCGUCUUCAUCGGACGAGUCCGAUUCAUCGACGCCGUCUUCGUCCUCUGGUUCGCCGCUGAGGUUCCCGGCGGAAGCUUGCGAGAGGGAACCGAUUGAUUUAGUCGGUAUACUUGUUGAGAUUCCCAGGGAAUUUGACGCUUCUAACUCGGGUUUACCCGGUGACAACGGAUCUCAUACUCGGGUUUCGAUGAAGAGGCUAUGGAGUAUUUAAUAACUUCCCUCACUCGGAAAUAUUUGAUACUGAAGAGUCCGACCCGGUAAUUGGGGAACCCGGGUGGGCAAGAGUUCGGAUUUGUAAUGAUCGGAUAACCGGUUUCUAAGAGAUGGAGGCAAAUUUGUAUUACUGGCGUAUUUGAAGACACGUGGCGGUUUUGACUAUCCACGCGGCAAUUCGGUCCACGUGUAGCGGGCUAUUUGGUUAAUGUAUAUACCAGACGGUGUCGUUUAAGUGCAGAAGCAAAGCAAUCGGUAAUCGCGAAGCGAAGCUCUCCCGCCAAAACGAUUCUCUACGUUCCUUUGUUCUCUCUUUAAAUGGUUGGUUACAUAGUUGUAAUCCAACGGUUCAAUUAUGCCAUUUGGUCGAGAUUUAUUUUAUCAUAGUCACUUUGUAAAUAAUUUUGUUCAUUAUUAACCGCAUAUUAGCCUUAAUUGUUUCUAAGCCUUAUUAUUCACUAUUUCAUUUACC